AUGACCGAAACAUCUGGGGGCGAAAGCCCCCAACCAAAACCUCCGGACAAACCUAAGGAGCAAAGAAUCGCCCAAUACGAUGUACACGAUUUACCACCAUACACAAUAAUUGUAGAAAGUAAAGAAAAGAACUUAGGUAACGUCCACCCUACAGCGGUAGGGAAAAUACUGAAAAAUAAUUCUGUGAACGGCAUUCGCAAAAUAACAAGAAAAGGCAGAAACCGCAUAGGGAUCGACUUUAUAACAACGCAUAACGCCAAUAAUUUUCUUAAAAAUAAAAUUUUACAAGAAAAUAAUUGGGAUGCCUUCAUCCCUGCUUCACUGAUAUCUGUAAAAGGUAUAGUAAGAGGCAUUGGUAUAGAAACUACAACGGAAGAAAUAAUAAGCGAAGGAGUGUCAGCAAAACCCAUAAUAGCAGCGAGAAGACUAAAUAGGAGAGUUACAAAGGAUAACACUGUAGAAUAUGUACCAACAGAAACUAUAGUAAUAACAUUUAGAGGAAAGCGACUACCUGAGAGUAUUUUAGUGAACUACUAUGAAGUAAGAGUGCAAAUAUAUGUGGACCCAGUACUACAAUGUUUAAAUUGCCUCAGAUAUGGACACACCAAAACACAUUGCAGAAGCAAAAGGAGAUGUGCAUUAUGCAGCUAUGAACAUGAAGAGGAGGAGUGUCAAGCUGAAAUAAAGGCUUGUCUAUACUGUAAACAAAACCACAAAGCUACAGACAGACAAUGUAAAGAGUAUCAACGCCAAAAGGACAUAAAAGAACUAAUGGUAUAUGACAACAUCUCAUACUAUGAAGCAAAACAAAGAUUCCCGAACCACACCGAAACAGAGUCAACACAUAUUAACUACACACAUAACAAUAGAGACUUCCCACCUUUAACCCCUAGGGCAAACCAAGAACAAGUCAUUGAAGUACACCAAAGAAGACAACACAUAAACCAAAGCAAACCUAGAAUACAGUUUUCACAAAUAUGCACCCCAGAGAGAAAGAGGAAACCCUCCUCACCACCAGUUGGAUACGACAAAGAAGCACACAAGAAGAUGCUAAUACCAACACCAUGCAGAAGCCCAAAUUAUACACAUGUACAACAGGACAAUGAAAAAGACACAGAACAAACAACAGAAACAAUAGAUUUAAGCCUUUUUUUUAGAAACAUACUAGAACAAGAAAACGUGGAAGAGGACACGAUUGAGAGAAUCUUGAAUGAAAUGAAUAAAAUAGAAAACGCGCUCGGAAAAAAUGAAGAAAACCAACCAACAUUCAACACAAACGUAGACAUGGAAAUUGAGGUGGAUAGGAGCCUAAACAGCCCCACCAGCUCAGUUCACACAUCCUACUAG